CCAUCUCCUCUGUUUUGACGGGUAUAAUGUUAAUAUAACAGCACGCUGUGCUAGUUGAACUAUGGCCAAAGUCUCUCUGCGAUAGAAAGGGAUUACUAGCAGUCAAGAAGAUUUGUAACUUUGCUUUACUUCAAGUACUGGUCGGUUGUUACUAGCUAUUAGUUGCAAGAGCCAUGGAGUUCAGCUUGAAUUACAAACCAGAGAGAGUAGGAUCUGUUAUUGUAGAAGAUUUAAGAAAAGAUCUCUUUGUCGAAUUCUCCAAAAUACCCGCAUCUCAGGGAUCUGUGGUACUGGACAAGGAGCACUUGCAGGUCUACCUCAGGAUACGACCAUUUACCUCCACAGAGAGUGAUUUUGGUGAAUCGCAGGAUUGCAUUUCAAUCGAGUCCCCAGACACUGUGGUUCUAAAGGCCCCAAGAACGUCACUAACAGCCAGGCAAAGUGAAAAACUGGGGCCCCAAGUUGCACAGCGAUUCCAGUUUUCAAAGGUGUAUGGUCCAGAAACAUCACAAAGACAGAUAUUUGAUGGAACAACAAAAGCCCUUGUGAAAGAUGUACUGGGGGGAGAAAAUUCCCUGAUUUUCACUUAUGGAGUUACCAACGCCGGAAAGACAUUUACAUUUUUAGGUCCUGAAAGUGAUGUGGGAAUUCUGCCAAGGUCACUGAAUGUGAUCUUUAACAGUAUUGAGGGACGAAUCUAUACUCAAAAUAACAUCAAGCCCCAUCGCUGCAUAGACUUCACAAGACUGACUAAAGAUCAGCAGGACGAGGAGGCAACAAUUAAGAAAAACAUACUAAGAAGAUUUAAAGAGAGUGAUUUACAGAAAAGCACCUCCAGCAUCUCACACUCUGCUUGUAGCACAUUACUUGAGGGCUCUAGCUGUAGUGAUUUGGAAGGAGAUAGUGUUUGUUUGGAGGAGGACUCUCAUGUCAAGUUCUCAGUGUGGGUUUCCUUCUGUGAGAUCUACAAUGAAAACAUCCACGAUCUGCUGGACUUUGCUUCAAACAGUUCCCAGAGAAGGAAUGUUCUGCGCCUGUGCCAAGAUGUGAAAGGCAACACCUUUGUUAAAGAUCUCACAUGGGUGCACGUACACAGUGCAGAUGAAGCUUAUAAAGUUUUGAAGAUUGGACGGAAAAAUCAGAGCUUUUCGUCUACAAAGCUCAACAGUGUAUCCAGCAGAAGCCAUAGUGUUUUCUCCAUCCGAAUCCUGCGAAUUGAAGAUAUGGGUGUUCCUCGGGUCCAGACAAUAAGCGAGUUGUCUUUGUGUGAUCUGGCAGGAUCAGAACGAUGCGCCAAAACCCAGAACAGAGGAGACCGCUUAAAAGAAGCUGGCAAUAUCAACACAUCUCUUUUAACUCUGGGGAAAUGCAUCAAUGCAUUGAGACUGAAUCAGACACAGUCGAAGUUCCAACAGCAUAUUCCUUUCAGAGAAAGCAAACUGACUCAUUACUUGCAAGGCUUUUUCUGUGGCCGUGGAAAAGCUUGCAUGAUUGUCAACAUCAACCAGUGUGCUUCUAUGUUCGAUGAAACUCUGAAUGUCCUCAAAUUCUCUGCAGUGGCUCAGAAGGUUGUGGUCUUGAACCCAAAGCCGGUGUUUAGUGCUAUGCCCAAAAAAUCAGCCAGAGAUGUCUCCAUGGUGAUCAACAAUGUGGACAAAAAAGAGUGGACAAGGAGAAGCACUCUGAUUGGGUGGGAGACAAGUUUAGAGGAUGUACAGGAGGAUGAGGAUGAUGAAGAUAUGGAGGCAGAAGAGGAGGAGGUGGAGCAAGAGGAAGAGGAAGAGAGUGAUGAUGAGAGCAUGGUGGAAAACACUGUUUUAGAAGCUGGAGAUGAUCAAGAGUUGUGUGAGCUGCAACUGAAGGUCAACGAGCUUCAAGAAAAGCUCUCCAAGGCAGAAUCUGAAAAACUAGCCAUGGAGUCUCAAAUCAGGGAAGAAGUUACCACAGAGUUCAUGGAGCUGUUUUCUAACAUGGAAAAGGAUUACAAUGAACGUCUUCAGAGAGAGAAAGAAAUUGCUGAAGAAAGAGCUGAGAGGAGACUGGAAAUACUCAAGACUUUAGUCAACAAAAAUGCCAGUGAAUUGCCAGACACAAGCUCUGCUGGAGAGGCAACUAAGGAGGCAAAGACAGAGUUUUUGGAUGGGAUGAUUGAAGCGAUGCAAAAUGACCUGGCUAAGAUAAAGAAAGAUGCAGAGGCGGCACAGACAUGUCUAGAGAGGGGGGCCCACUCCCCUGGAGCGGUCAACAGGCUGAGGACACAGCUGGACGAAAUGGCAGAAGAGCUCCUCAAAAGCCAGCAGCUCCUUAAUAUCAAAACCAAGGAAAUGGAAGCUGUGCAUGUACAGCUACAAAAAUCUAGUGACCAGCUACUGGAAGCUAACACAAAUUAUGAAAAUCAGAAAACAAGGUGUCAGGAGCUCAUGGCAAUCUGCCAAGAGAAAGACGAAAUGAUCUCCAAGCUACAGACUACUUUGGAUCAAAAUAUUGAGGCAGCUACUGAAGAUAGAGCAUUUAUUGACACCAUUAAAGAGGAAAUAUUACACUACAGAAACAGCUGCAAAUGUAUGCUCAAUGAUGGCAAAUGGGAGAUGAAAGACCAAGAAAUUCAGCAGCUUGCGCAAGCUUUAAAAGAAAAGGACAAGUGCUUGGAUGAGCUCAAACACGAGCAUCUUUCACUUAAGCAGAAGGUGAAGGAUCUUAUGGAGGAUCUGACAAAGCAGGCUCGUGCCUAUGAAGCUGCUGUGUCCUCACUUGAAACAGAGAAAGCAGCGACCAUGAAACUCACAAAUGAGAAUAAGGCUCUUGCCAGCGAGCUCAAUGUGCUUCAGCAGGCAGCCAGUGACAUGAGCUCCAAGCUCAGAGCCAUGGAAACGGAAUUAAGCACCCAGGCGAGUGUGGCAGCCAAGCUUUCUGAGCAGCUCCAAACAGCCAAAGCUCUUAUCAGAGAACGUGAAGAAGAGUGUUGUGAGCAAUCCAGUAUGAUUGAAUCCCUGAAGCUGGAGGCUGAGGACUUGCGCCAAAAACUUAGCACUCGGGGACAAAAGAAAGGCUGCGAGUUCCAGGAAACCAUUGAGGCCCUCCGCAAAGAGUGUGAGGUGAUGAUGUCCAGCACCCAAGAGAAGAGCAGGAAAAUAAAGGCCAUGGAGCAAGAGCUCAGUCAGACCAGAGAGGAAAUGUGCCACAUGCAGAACCAGUGCAAUCAGCUUAAACAGGAGCGAGAUGCCCAAAGAGAAGAGACCCAGAACGUUCUUGGCCGUUAUGAAGCUGAGAAGCUUGUGGUGGAGCAGAUGAAGGGAAGUCUCUCUGAGCUUCAAACCGAGCUGGAUGUUCUUAAGCAGCAGUUAGCACAGCUGGGACAGCAUGAGCAGGCCUUCAUGCGUAGCUCUGAGAGUGUUUUGGAGCUGGAGAAGGAGCUUGCUGAGAGAGAGGCCCACUGCGCAUCCUUGCAGGAGAAAUUGCUGCACACUCAGAAUGAACUGGGCCAAGCGGAGGAGGUUUUGAAGAAAGAGCGGUGUAGAACAGCAGAAGAGGAGGAGAAAAGGACUGCAGAAAGCUCUAAAGCAAAGGAUGAUGCAGAGAGGAGACGAGUGAUGGAGGAAGAGCUUCUUCAUAAGGAUGUAGAACUGGAGGCUAAGGCUCAGGAGCUCUUGAAGUCUGAAAAACAGGUGAAUGAUGGGCUGGAUAAAAUUAGGGGCUUAAGUCUUGAUCUGCAGCAAAAAGAGAAGCAUAUCUCUGAUCUUCAUGAAAAACUGUCUGAGAGCAGAGAAGAAACUGAACGACUACAGAAAGAGAUAACAUCCUUAAUUGAAGAGAUCACAAAGCUGCAGCAGCAGCUCUGUGACCUACAGAAGGAGAGGGAUCAAGCUCUGAACAGCUUGGCUUAUAAGGAGGAGGCUAUUGAACAGCUCAAGACUAAACACGCCAACACAGUCAGCUCAAAAGAAGACCUCCAGCAACACCAGGAUACUUGUCAGGCACUUCUGGCCAAGGAGAAGCUGAUUGAAGAAAUGCGCCUCACUCUGACUGACAAAGAGAGGAUACAAACAGAACAGGAGCAAGUUCUGGAGGCUAGACUGAAUGAGAUUGAAUCUUUAAGUGAAGAACUCAUGAAGCUAAAGGAAAAGUGCCAGAGAGAAGGUGCUGCUGACUCUGACUCUGGUAACUUGCACCAGGAGGAACAGAAAGGAGAACAAACUGCAGGACGCUCGACAACAGAUGAGAAGCUGGAGAGGAGCUUAGAAAGAGAGCUUAUGUCCCCCGAUGGAGCCCAGAGGCCAAAAGAGAAAGCAGACCAGGUGACAGGGCAAUCACAGAGAGAAAUCCAUGGCAAAGAGCAACCUGAAGUGGCUGCAGCGCAGAACUCUUCAGUGCUCUCCACGGAGAGUGAGAGAGAGGACAAACGCUUCCCCAAACCACAGCUGGAGAUCAGCUUUACCCCGCUCAAGCCUGACCGCGUCAAUGUCCGCAGGCCAGGAGAUGAGGAGUCAGUCACGGUCAAAAUCAGACGCACAGCUAGGAAAAGGAAGAGCGCUGAGAUGGAGAAGUCAGUGGAGUCAGAGAACAGAAAGAACCUGCGGCUCAGAGGAAACUCCAGGGCCAACGUGCGGUCUGUGGAGUCUCCCUCAGUGCUUGGUAAAAAGGGCAGUCAAUUAAAGCACCAGGAUUCUCCCGUUAGCCUGAAAAGAAGAAAAGAUGGAACUUUGCAGAAGAUUGGUGACUUUAUCCAGAGCUCUCCAACCCUGCUAGGUAGCAAAGCUAAAAAAAUCAUGGCAGUGGUUGCUGUGAAGUCCCCAGAGUCACAGAUCGCCAUGGAGACAAACAAACCCAAGAGAUCCAAGCGCAAGCUCUUCAAGACCCACAUUUCCUCCCCUCUUGAUAUACCUUCUCAUCCGAUCAUUGGAGUAGAUCAAGAAGACAAAGAAAGUGAUCAUCUCAUCAUCAAGAGAAAACUUAGAACAAGAACUGCUAAAAGAUGAUUCCAGCCAAGGGCAUUUUCAUGAUGCAGCACUAUUCAGUAACAUUCCAAAAACCUUCUCUAUUGGGAUACUUUCAACAAUUUCAACAGUGAAAUUCUGUGUAAAUAGUGUGAUUUCUUCUUAUCUGCUGUGUGAUGUAUAUAAAUGUUUCAUAGUUCCUAGUGCUUUUUCAUAUACAUUUAUACAUAGGACAAUAUUUUUCUGCCUUUGUAAUACAUCAAAAUUUUGAGGGGAAAAUAUUAUGAUGAAAAUAGGAAAGGGACAAAAUGUCCUUCAGAUAAAUAAAGCUCCCAAAAUGAACUCUG